GAAAGUUUUGCAUUCAUCUCCAGCCGUCGAUCAGUCCAGUUCGGGUCGCGUGCGCCGUGUCAAUUUGUCACAGUUCCCAACGUUCGCAGACCGGGUCGCAUUUGCUUGCGGACAAUGAGAAAAGUUUAGUCCGUGAAAGUUUCUCGGGGACCUUCCUCGGUGCGAGAGUGAUAAGCAAUCGUAACUUUUGAUGAAUUAGUGCAAAUCAGGAUGGAGGAAAUGUCAAUGGAAAAAUCAGUUAGAAUGCUGUUAAUAUUCGCAUUAUUAAAGUUUGCAUUCUACCGAGGUACAGCUAUGGGCACCGAAGAUAGUGACUUUCAGAUGAUUAAUAAGUUCGAAGAGGUUGAGAUGCAUGAGAACUAUUCCCGCGUAAAUUGGUACUAUGCGAGUGAGCGAAGUUCUGUGGAAUGUGGCGGAGUGUUCAAAAGACUCCAGAAUGAGCUGAUUUCGCCCGGUUAUCCGGAUGACUACGGAAACGAGCUGCAUUGUGAAUAUACGUUCAAAUCUCCAUUUGUGUGCAGCAGUCAGUAUCACUUUCAGUUUGUGGAUUUUCAUCUGGAACCCUCACGUAAUUGCUACAAGGAUCGAUUGGUUGUUGGCGAUGAAGAAGUUCUGUGUGGGACCGUGAUUGGUUCCAAGAAGUACAACUCGACUAAUGGAAUACUCAAGGUGAAGUUUGUUACUGACGGUUGGGGUGCUGGCAAAGGUUUUCGCAUUAUAGUGACUAGACAACCAUGUGAGGAUAACGAAGCGAUGGAAUCAACGAGCUCGUAUACAGUUACUACAACAAUCCAGGUUGCGGAAGAAACCACCGAGCCUCUAAUAAAUUUGGAAGAAGAGUUGUCUCCACCGAAAAAAAAAUUCAAAAUUAAUAAUCGACAAGAUAUUCCUCCGGAAUUCAACCCGGGGGGCAACGGAUAUCUUCCACCGGUCACAACAACUAGACCAGUGUAUCCUAUCAAUACCUGUCCUCCAACAUGUACUCCCUAUCCCAAAUGCUACCCCAUAUAUCCGGGACAAACGUACCCAAAUUAUCCCAAUUAUCCAAACUAUCCUAAUUACCCAACCUACCCUGUGGGACCUAACUAUCCAAGUUAUCCCACAUUCCCUGUUAACCCGAACUACCCAGGAGUAAAUUAUCCACAUUUUCCCUCUCCAAACUACCCAGGAACCAUCACCCCAAUCAAUACCAACCCAAACUGUCCGAACAACCCGGGAUGGUGUCCUCCGAACUAUCCAUCAAAUGGUGAUGGCGGAACUACUUCGAUCGGUGGUGCUCCUCCUGGCUUCCAGCCCACAAUCAAUGAACCCGAAACUGAACUAACCGAGAACAUCACUUUGAGAUAUCCAGAGCGACAGGAUAUUCCACCACCACCGAUCCUUCCGGGAUUGCCCACGUGCUGCAGAAAUGGUUUCAAUCAGAGAAGAUUCUAUCUCGUCAGUCCAAAUUUUCCCACGUUCCAAACCGUCAACCAGGAUUGUUUCUACACAAUUCAUCGCUCCGCUCCAAACACCUGUCGUUUGGUAAUAUCCUUCAAGUACUUCGUAUUCGGAGACGAGCGCACCGGCUGUGCCGACGCCUUCCUUGAGAUUGAUGGGCGCCGAAUCUGCGGCUGUCGCACUGGAAUGGUGUACACUACGCAGUGGGGUGUCACACCCAAAACGAUUCGAAUUCGAAGUCAGGCCACUCGUUAUGCCAACAUCCAAGGAUUUGUACUGGAUAUUUACCAGGAAAGCUGCCCCUAUCGUUACAUCCGCAGUCAACCAGAGGCCCAGGACCGAUCGUACAGCUAUCAAGUACAGCCAUUGGCCCCGUUAAACAUAACCACGGUCCAGACCAACUCUAGCUCGAUGUACACUUAUUAUUACUAUAAUAUUAAUCAAGAGCAGCAGGAACGAACGCCGUCGCUUACAGCCGCAGCGCCGCAACGCUACCCCGAAGGACCGUCUUCGCGAUUCUUCUAUCCUAACAAUUUGAAUCCCUAUGGAUCGUGUCAAUUUAGCACCCUCGACUGGCUUCGACUAAAGGUGGAGUCCCUGUGGGUUUCGAAACCACGAUGUUAUUGAAAGCUCGCUAGAGUCAAUGUACGAAAUGGUUUUGUAGCAUAUUACUGUGAGUGAAAUAAAUUAUAAUUUAGUGAUCAUGACAA